AUGAUGAAUUCAGAUAUUUCCAAUGAAGAUACUAAGUCUUACCCMAAUUUAAAACCUGUAUGGAUAGACGAUAACGAUUCGUACUCUCCAACAAUAGAACUCGAGAAGAAGUUAGAAAGUAUUAAAAAAAAAUAUAAUGAAUUAAAUUAUGAGCACUUGGAGCUUAAAAAUUAUUGUGAAUCGAUGGAAACUGAGUUAAAAGCAAUGAAAGAGGAGAAGUUAAAAUUAGAAACUUUAUGUGAAAAAAAUACUGCACAAAUACCCAACUAUAGACUAAAAAUCGUAGAAUUGAAUAAAAUGAACAAAGAAUUAAAAUCGGAAAAAAAAGAACUAGAAAUGAACAUAGAUAACUAUAAAUCAAAACGUAAUGGAGUUGAUCAACAACUAAAAGACGCUAUACAUGAAAAUUUUACUUUAAGGAUGAACAACAAAAAAUUGUUACAAGAAAAAAAAGCUUGUGAAGAUGGAAAAUUGAAAAAUAUUAAGGAUAAAGAUAUUUUAAAAUCGGAAAAUGAAAAGACAAAGGCUAUAAUUAACGAUCUCAAAGAGGAAAAUAAGAAACAUCAAAAAUAUGUUGCUGUUACCAAUAAAAAAUAUUUUGAUACUCAAAGAAAAUGUCGAAAAUCGAUAAAUGAAUAUGCAGGCCUACAGAAAGAAAACUUGCGUCUAAAAGGAGAGAUUGUGACAAACACAGCAUUUAUAGAAGAAAUUCAAUCAUUGAAAUCGAGACAUCGGAAUACUAUAAGACAAUUAAGAAAAGUGGAAUCUUUGGUGCGAAGACAAGAAUUACAAAUUCUAAGCCAACAAAACAAAAUUGCAGAAGUUGAGAGACUAAAAGUUAGAUAUAUUUAUACCGGGAAAGACAUUACUGAAUAUAAAAAAGAAAUACAACAAUGGAAGGAUAAAUAUACAGAUUUGAGAUUAUAUGAACAAAUAGAGGCUUUAAAAAAUAAAGAUAGAUUACAAUACCAGAGAGCUAUGAAUCAGUGUUCGUACGAUCGUAAAAAGGCUGAAGCAACAAUUAAAGAAUUAAAAAAAGUAACCAAUCCAUUUAAAAUUCAACUAGCUAAUAGAGAUGCAACGAUUUCGACUUUAGACAAGCAACUUCGAAUACAAAGUCAUUUGACCGAUUACGGGAAAUACGGUACGGCACAGCGGCCAGAGGGUUUCCAUCUAAAAAAUAAUAGGUUAAUGGGUGGUGUAACGGUUUUACUGGCUGGAUACUUUAGACAGACUCUACCAGUAGUACCAAAAGGGACCAGAACUGAUGAAAUCAAGUCAUGUCUUAAAAGAUCUACUUUAUGGCAUCAGAUAGAUUAA